AUGGACAAGUUCAUGAAAGCCGGGAAGGUGGUGCUGGUCCUGGCUGGAUGCUACUCUAAACACAAAGCCGUCAUUGUCAAGAACAUUGAUCAGGGCACCUCUGAUAGCCCCUACAGCCAUGCUCUGAUGGCUGGAAUAGGUCACUAUUCCCGCACAAUGGCAGGUGCCACGGGCAAGAAGAAAAUUGCCAAGAGGUCAAAGAUCAAGUCUUUUGUGAAUGUUUAUAACUAUAAUCACCUCAUGCCCAACAGGUACUCUGCAGAUAUCCUUUUAGACAAAACUGUUGUCAACAAGGAUGUCUUCAGAGACCCUGCUCUUAAACUCAAGGCCAAGGUCAAAUUUGAGGAACAACAAAAGAUGGGCAAAAACAAGUGGUUCUUCCAGAAGCUGCAGUUUUAG